AGCGAUGCUUGUGUGUGAGCAAGAGCUCGGGCCGGCAGAGCGGCCUGGAGGCGGGCCAGGGCGCCAUGGAGGCAGGGGGCUGCCCAGGUUUGGAACAAAGACCUCACAGGCAGGUACCCUGAGCCUGGGCUGGCAGGCUGGUGCUGGAGCCCAAGAGAGGCGGCAGGCAGGAUGGCUGGUACUGAGAGAAGCUGGUGGUGACCUGGGAGCCCACAGUGACAGCUCUGUCUCCUGAAGAUGAAGUGGCCCAGGUGAAGGGCAGGCUAGGCCCAAUGGCCAGCUCCAGGACAGAGGUGCACUGGGCCGAGCUGGGCCUGGGGAGGGGGCCCCAGCGGCGGCGCUGGGCCUGGGCCGAAGAGGAAAAGGAUGCCGAGGGGAGCGGGGGAAAAGAGGUGGCCUUUCCCAAUGCCACCAGCCCCGAGCUCCUGGAGGACUUCCGGCUGGCCCAGCAGCGCCUUCAGCCACUGGAGUGGGACCCGGACCCACGGGCCGCUGAACGCCAGGAUUCUGAAUCGGGAGAGUCUGCAGGAGAGGAGUUUGAAGCAGAGGAUGUGGACAGCCCAGAAAGUUCCAACUUGCCUCUCAACUGGCUCCCCCAGCAGGAUCCUCACCUGGCCAUGACUGAAGAGGAUCCGGAGGAAGCCCUUGGAGAUCCUGAGGUGGGGGGAGCUGGAGAGAGCUCCCCAAGAUUGGAGUAUGAGACUGGUCUCAGCUCAGGGGACAAUGGAAAUACCAGCCCCAGCGCUCUGGAGUGGGGUCAGGACAUGGGCUGGGUGGCCUCUGGCAAACAAGCCAGUGGAGACAAACUUCCAGAACAUUCUGAGGACAACCCAACUGUUGACCUCAGCUCUGCAAGGUCCUGGAGCAGUGGGACCGUGAGCCUCGACCACCCUAAUGAUAACCUUGAUUCUACCUGGGAAGGAGAAACUGAUGUCCCCCAGCCCGUCGCGCUGGCAGAAACCUUACCACAGAGCUCCAGCCACCACCUCCUAAACCCAGACACCAGAACUGGAGGAAGUGUUGCUCCAGCAACCCCCACGGAAUUCCAGGACUCCUCAGUACCCCAGGCCCAAAGUCUCCAGUGUCCGGCAGAUAAGUGGAAAGAAAGUACCAACUUCUCCUGCCCUCAGUUGGGGGACCAAGCCUGGAAACGGACACGGGCAUCCCCUAAGCCACUCCCUUCUCGAUUCACUGGCUCCAUCAGCCCCCUGAAUCCACCUAGGCCAGGCCGACAAGACAGGCUACCACCCAGGCAGGGAGCCACUCUGGCUGGUCACUCAUCUUCUGAUGCCUCCAAGUAUGGGCGGGGGCAGCUGAACUACCCGCUCCCUGAUUUUUCCAAGGUGGGACCCCGCGUAAGGUUCCCCAAAGAUGAGAGCUACCACCCCCCCAAGGCCAGGAGCUACAGCGGGCAGCCUCAGGGCCCUGCCAGGCCGCUGAUCUUCAAGUCACCGGCUGAGAUUGUGCAGGAGGUACUGUUGAGCAGUGGAGAAACCUGCCCGGCCAAGGACCCACCUCCUACACACCCCAUCACCAGGGUACCCCAAGAAUUUCAGACGCCCGAACAAGCCACCAAGCUGGUCCAUCAGCUCCAGGAGGACUACCACAAGCUCCUCACCAAGUACGCUGAGGCUGAGAACACCAUUGACCAGCUGCGCCUUGGGGCCAAGGUUGCUGUCCAGCCUCCAGAGGCACUUCGGUGA